CAGCGAUGCCCCCAGGUUUCAGUGAAAGGAGCACUUGCGCGCCUGAGAUAGAGUGGGAGCGAGCGAGAUAGAGUGCGAGCAAAGCGUUCCUGCGAGCCUCCAAAAACAAAGUAUUAAAUAAACGAUUGGCACUGAAAAAUCUAAACCAUGGCAUCGAAGUGUCCGAAAUGCGACAAGACAGUCUAUUUUGCCGAGAAGGUCACGUCCCUCGGGAAGGACUGGCACAAGUUCUGUCUGAAGUGCGCCCGCUGUAACAAGACGCUGACAGCAGGGGGCCACGCUGAGCACGACGGACAGCCCUACUGCCACAAGCCCUGCUAUGCUACCCUCUACGGACCAAGAGGUGUGAACAUCGGGGGCGCGGGCUCCUACAUCUACGAGCCCCCCGUCAACAGCGAGCCCGCCAGCGUCCCCGUGGAAACCAGCUCCAAACCCGAGGAGAAGAAGGCGUCUGCCCCGCCCAGGGGUCCCGUGAAAGCCGCGAGCAUCACCACCUUCUCCGGUGAACCCGCUCUGUGCCCCAGAUGCAACAAGAAAGUGUAUUUCGCGGAGAAGGUGACGUCCCUGGGGAAGGACUGGCACCGGCCCUGCCUACGCUGUGAGCGCUGCAACAAGACCCUGGCCCCCGGCAGCCAUGCCGAGCAUGAUGGACAGCCGUACUGCCACAAACCAUGCUACGCUGUGCUCUUUGGGCCCAAAGGAGUAAACACAGGGGGGGUCGGGAGCUACAUCUACGACAAGAUGCCCAGCACCGAAACCCAGCCUUGAACCUUCGUCCACCAGCACCCCCAGCCGCGCUGCCCCAAGACUCCUGUGGUCCCCAGUAUUCAGUAACACAGACAAACCCCUCCCCACCCCACCCCAUGCCCUCUUUGUCCCAGAGUGUCAGAGUACUGGCCUGUUGUCCCCACAGUACACUGGGAUACACACAUACACACACACAAAGACAAUCACACACACACACACACACACACACACACAAACA